CGACCCAUACGAUCAGUUUACAUACACAACAAUUUAAUCAACAACUUCACUCAGUCGCUCUCUUUAACAACCCUUAUCACAACCUUUGCCAAAAUGGCGGAAAUUAGAAGAAAGCUCGUUAUUGUCGGAGACGGUGCUUGCGGUAAGACUUGCUUGUUGAUUGUCUUCUCCAAGGGAACCUUCCCAGAGGUCUACGUCCCAACCGUCUUCGAGAACUAUGUCGCCGAUGUCGAGGUCGAUGGAAAGCACGUUGAGUUGGCUCUAUGGGAUACGGCUGGACAAGAAGAUUACGAUCGUCUUAGACCUCUAUCAUACCCAGAUUCGCAUGUUAUCUUGAUCUGUUUCGCCGUUGACUCUCCCGAUUCCCUUGAUAACGUUCAGGAGAAGUGGAUCUCUGAAGUCCUCCAUUUCUGCUCGGGCCUCCCAAUCAUCCUCGUUGGAUGCAAGAAGGAUUUGCGCCACGACCCAAAAACCAUUGAGGAAUUACACAAGACCAACCAAACCCCGGUCUCAGAAGAUCAGGCUCAACGUGUUGCUGAUAAGAUUGGUGCUUACAAGUCUCUUGAGUGUUCAGCAAAGACCAAUGAGGGUGUCCGUGAGGUGUUUGAACAUGCCACACGUGCUGCACUCUUGACCAAGAAGGAGAAGAAGAAGAAGUGCAUUGUCCUGUAAAGCUACUGUUAUCAACUCUUCUCUUUCUCUAAUGCGAUCGGAUUUUAUUUUACUGCGAAAGUAGCUCGGUUGGGUGACGGGUUCAUGCUAGCAAGAGGGAAUUGUUCUUACGGAGUGCAUGGCUCUUCAUCGGCAUAUUAAUCUAUCAUCCUCUUGAUUGAUAAUACAUGGACCAAUAUCUUCAAGUUUCUCGCACCAAUACCGAACACUUCUUUCUUACUACACAUCUGGGUAUCGACACAAAUAUCUCAGGGCAUACGAACGGACAAAUAUGUCUCUUUUCUUCCGCAAAUUGUGCCACGUUAGUUUCUUCUCUGUGUCUGUCUUUUUUCUCGCAAGAUCUUUGUUGUUUCCUCUCAUCUUCUUUUUCAUGCGUGCGGUCAAGAAUGGAUCUGAAUCAUAAGGGUGCUUGCUGCGUGCGUUACGUCCGUUCGUCCUCAUUAUUGCUCCUUGCGUCAGAGCGGGUUGUGUAGGGCAGGGAGGGCUUGGAGGAUAGGGAACGAAUGGACUUUCGCAUUUUUGUAAGGUGUAAUAGCAAUAGGCGUAGUCUAUCAAGAGAUGUUUUCUGAGGUCUGAUAUUGCACCAAUACACUUGAGGCGUUCAUUCUUUUUAUUUUACACUGGCUGAGUAUUAAUG